AUGCCCAAAUUACCCAUCCGACAUGAGUCCCCCGAGGAAUUGAUUCAGUACCUCAAACGCCUGAUCGGACAUGAUGAACUUAAGUUGCUCACUCAUGUUGACAAACUCAUCCAUCAAUGCACGUAUACUUUUCUUGAAGGCGAGACAACUAAGCAAUUGCCUCAAGACACUAGUCAUCCAAACCAAAGGUCAAUUGGGAGUUAUUUGAGGGCUUUGCCCGAUUUGUUGCUUGACGGAGACGGGUUGGAGGACAGCAUGAGUGUGGUGAUUGAUCUCCUGUUUCCUCUGACCAUCAUCGCCAUCCGCAUCAACUGCUUCAUCCUCUCGAUCAGUCGCGCUGAGCUUCCACCAAACCAAUUGUCGUCCAUUAGCACCGCCCGGGUUCUCCUUACUGUCGUUCCCUUCAUCUCCUACCUGGCUGCGCAAGCGCGCCGCUCCACCAUCAGGAGCAAUGGAUUCAUGUUUGCGCUUCCGGCUGCUGGACGGCAUGGCUUGGCUCUCGGGGUCUGGGACAAACGUGCUUCUCGCUACACGUCUUGGCUCUUGGCUAGGUUCUUGCCCUAG